GUGGGGAAGGGCUUAAAGGCUGAGUCAAAAGCCAAGAAGUCUCUUUAUUUACGCCUACCUCCCAGCCCCUGGCAAUCUGACUAAUAACAAACUGAGCUAACAAGAAAGACUAGAAAGAGCAGAGAGAACAUAGAAGCAGCUUGGAUCUAAAAAUCUGACAAACCAAGUGAUCAAGUCAAGCUCUGCUGAACAUCUUGUUUGUUUACUGCAUCCAAAUGCUUGCAAACAGUUAACUAUACGCAGAAAAGCCAGCAUAGCUGUGAAGUAUGCUGUGAAUUUUAAUUGAGGAAAAAGGACAACUGCUUACAGGAUGGUCUCAUGUGCACGCUGUCUGGAAGAUUUUUUCAACUGAACGCUUUGUACUCUGUCUUCUGAACAAGGAUUUUAACUUUAUGGAGCUGUAGUAUCGCCAGAGCUUGCAGCAGAGUGAAACUCGGACGAAAGAGUGCAUUUUUCACUGGGGAAAAUUACAGCGCAUUGAAACAGCUGCUCCCACUGUGCAUUACCGAGCGUUUCAGGGAGUGUUACUGCUGUGCAGAAUCUACUGGGCAAGAUGAAGCUCUGGAUUUUUAUUAUAUAUUCAGUUGUGGUUGCAUCUGAUCCUUUCGAGUCACAGCCUUCUUUUUCUUCAGUCAGAGGAUCUUGUCAGAGUUUAUGUUCCUGUGAAGAAAAGGAUGAUACCAUGAUUAUAAACUGUGAAGAAAGGGGCAUCAAGAUGGUAUCAGAAAUAAGUGUCCCACCAUCACGGCCUUUCCAUCUUAAUCUGUUAAACAAUGGCCUGACUAUGUUACACGUGAAUGAUUUUACUGGCCUUGUUAAUGCUAUCUCUUUACAUCUUGGAUUUAAUAAUAUUGCUGAUAUUGAGCCUGGGGCUUUCAAUGGUCUCAGCCUUCUUAAGCAACUUCAUAUCAAUCACAAUUCUUUAGAAACACUUAAAGAAGAUACGUUUAAUGGAUUGGAAAAUUUGGAGUUUCUUCAAGCAGACAAUAAUUUCAUCACAGUGAUUGAAGCAAGUGCCUUCAGCAAGCUCAACAGGCUUAAAGUGCUUAUUUUGAAUGAUAAUGCCAUUGAGUAUCUUCCUCCGAACAUAUUUCGGUUUGUGCCAUUGACCCAUUUAGAUCUUCGUGGAAACCAGUUACAGACCCUGCCCUAUGUUGGCUUUCUGGAACACAUUGGUAGAAUACUAGAUCUUCAGCUGGAAGAUAAUAAAUGGGCCUGUAACUGUGAUUUGCUGCAGCUGAAGAUAUGGCUAGAAAACAUGCCUCCUCAGUCAAUAAUAGGUGAUGUUGUAUGCAAUAGUCCUCCAAUUAUCAAAGGCAGCAUCUUAAGCCGGUUGAAAAAAGAAUCACUUUGUCCCACUCAUCCUGUCAAUGAACUUGAAGAUCCUUCAGGGUCACUGCCCUUGGUUGUAACCACCUCUGUUAGUGAUAGUCACCUGUCAACUAAGGUGAUUCCUAUCCUGAAAGCUCCUACUAAAGAACCAAGUUUAAUGCUUCAUACUUUAAAGCCUACUACUCAGUUUCCAGGAAUCUAUUGUCCCGUCCCCUGUCACUGCACCAGCCAUAUGCUCUCAGGAGUUCUCAUGCACUGCCAGGAGCGAAAUAUUGAAAGCUUGUCUGAUUUAGGACCACCUCCUCCAAAUCCUAAAAAGCUUAUUCUAGCUGGAAAUAUUAUUCAGACAUUAAUGAAAUCAGAUCUUGUGGACUAUGCUAGCCUGGAAAUGCUUCAUCUGGGGAACAAUCGCAUUGAAAUCCUUGAGGAAGGAUCCUUUCUGAAUCUGACUAGACUGCAGAAAUUGUAUCUCAAUGGCAAUCAUCUUACAAAGCUAAGUCAGAAUCUCUUCCUUGGCCUUCAGCACCUUGAAUACUUGUACCUUGAAUAUAAUGCCAUCAAACAAGUUUUGCCAGGGACAUUUACUGCAAUGCCAAAACUUAAGGUCCUCUACUUAAAUAACAACCUUCUGCAGACUUUGCCACCCCAUAUCUUUUCAGGUGUUCCACUUACCAGAUUAAACCUGAAAACAAACCAAUUUUCACAUUUGCCUGUAAGCAAUGUCUUGGAUGAACUCAAUAUGCUGGUACAAAUUGAACUUGAAGACAACCCUUGGGACUGUACUUGUGAUUCAGUUGGGUUGCAAAAAUGGAUACAAAAACUGAGUAAGAACACAAUGAUGGGUGACAUUUUUUGCAAAUCUCCAGGACAUCUAGCGAAAAAAGAACUGAAAUCUCUUAACAGUGAAGUCUUGUGUCCAGGUUUAAUAAACAGCCCUGCCCUACCAACUCAUGCCAGUUUUGUAGUUGUGACAACUUCUUCUACUACUACCAACACUGCAGACACUAUCCUGCGGUCUCUUACAGAUGCCGUCCCACUUUCUGUUCUAAUACUAGGACUUCUAAUUGUGUUUAUAACUAUUGUGUUUUGUGCAGCAGGAAUAGUUGUUCUUGUUCUCCAUCGGCGACGAAGAUGCAAAAAGAAACAAGCAGAUGAACAAAUGAGGGAUAGCAGCCCAGUUCACCUCCAGUACAGCAUGUAUGGGCAUAAGACAACACACCACACAACGGAGCGCCCAGCUGCAACUCUCUAUGAGCAACGUAUGGUUACUCCCAUGGUUCAGGUCUACCGCAGCCCGUCCUUCAGCCCCAAACAUACUGAGCAACGGGAGGAGGGAAGUGAGAAGGAAGCUAAUGAUUCCAAAAAUCUCCACCGAAGUCUCCUGGAAAGAGAGAACAGCUCACCUCUUACAGGUUCAAAUGUAAAAUAUAAGGCUACAGAUCAACCUGCUGAAUUUCUGUCUUUUCAGGAUGCCAGCUGUUUGUAUAGAAACUUUCUUGAAAAAGAGAGAGAACUGCAGCAACUAGGGAUCACGGAGUACCUAAGAAAAAAUAUUGUCCAGCUCCAGCCUGACAUGGAAGUUCAUUAUCCUGGAACACAUGAGGAGCUGAAGCUAAUGGAAACACUCAUGUACUCCAGGCCAAGAAAGGUUUUUCUAGAACAAACUAAAAAUGAGUAUUUUGAACUCAAAGCUAAUUUACAUGCUGAGCCUGACUACCUGGAAGUCCUGGAGCAGCAAACAUGAAGCGAUAACACGUUGGGCUGGGAUCGAAUUUCUGUAAUUCUAUUUUAAGUUGGAACCAUUGUAAAUAAAAGUGCCUUAUAAUUACAUGUCAGCAGUCAGAACUUAAGCACAGCAGUAAUCCUAGCAACAAAAAACUCAGGGAUCACUGUGGGAAGCCAUGGGGUUGUGUGCAGGCAGUAUGUCUCACCCCAAGUUAAACGUGAACUUUGUGUGAUUGAACUGUGGGAGGAAGAUUGCUUGUUGCAAUAUUACUCAACAUUUUACAAAGGUGUGUAUGGCGCUCUCCAUUCUGUACCCAACCUACGGAAAAUAUUUGUUACCUUUACUCUUUCAUUUUCCCCUCAGUUUAAUUAGGUUCCUUUUGAAAAAACACCUGUGUUUGUAGUUUUAAGGUUAGAGUGUAUUUGUUAGGUUAGUAAACACACUGCAUACAUGACCAUUGUCUACAACCACACCUAACAUACCCUUAUAAUAAAUAUGAAAGGAGUUGAAAUGUCAGUUUAAAAAAAAAAAAAAAAAUUAAAAAAAAAUUGUGUAUACACCCAGAGCCUGCAAAUAUUUAAGUAUUUUACACGGAACUUCGUCAUGUGCAUUCUGUAUCAGUUUGUGGAAGGAAAAACAUGUAACUGUGUUUACCCAACAUCUUCAAUAAGAAGAAAAAAGGAAGCCUUUUGCUACUUUCCCUGAUAGCUUUACCUAAGUUUGGACAAUCUUUUCUUGAGCUGCUGCUACAAAACAUUGUGCAUCACUGGUGUUUCAACUCAUAAUCCGGGGCAAUUUGAAAAGCUACUGAGAAUCAGCUGUAAAUAUGUUAUUGUGUUUAAUAAGUUUGGGUUUUUUAUAUAUCUGUCUAUAUAUAAAAAUAACUUCUGUGCUAGCUUUAAAUAUUCUUGGAGAAAAUGAGUUUGCUGUGGCUAGGAACUUCCAAGUUCAAAUAAAGGUCCUUUCCCACCCUACUCAAAAGCAACUCCCAGACAGAGUAACGGCAACAAACCACACACAUGAGGAACAACAUUAGUAUUUAGUUGUUUGUACAAAAAUAUGUUAUAUUUUCUGAAAUUAGAAGGAAUUAAAGUGUUGUGGGAAAAAUAGGUUAAAAAAAGUAGAACACUGCAGGUUUAUUUUUGCAAUGAAUUCUAGCUAGAUUUAUAUUUACUAUUUAUUCUGUAUAAUUUUGUAAUUUUUUUCAACUCACAAGAAAUGAAAAAGCUUAUUCCUGGCUGCCUUUCAAGCAAAUCAAGGAACUUCUCUCUAUCAAUGAAAAAGAAAUAAAGAGGUUUUUAAAUGUCUUUUUCUUAAAGGUCACUUUUUAAAGAAGGCAGCAAUUUCUGCAUGCACAAGUUUAGAACUGUUUGGGAAUUAAACACAACUCACUAUUGUCAUGUGGACAGAAGCAUCUUCUCCAGAGUGCAGUAAGGCCAUUCAAUUUCUGUGCAUGACUGAUGGUGCCAAAACACAAAUUCUGACCUGCAUUUAUCUUCCUCUAAGCAAAUCUUUUGUAAACUGAUUAUGCAUGAACUUUUUUUCUAAUUUCUAUUUGUAUAGAGAAAGAUCAGCUUAAUUAUUACAUGUCUACAUAUGUAUGCUAAACUUAGCAUUGAAGUCUUGAUAAAUUCAAAGUAAAGUUAUAUUCUUUAGUUCAGCUUACUGUUGGUGUCUUACCUAUUUGUAUAUACAAAUGUGAGUUCUUCAUAUUCUUUGUAAGAUCCUGACAGAAAAUUUUACUACACUAAAAAUUUGCAGAGAGAUAAUAAUUUUGAAGGUGCUAUCCUAAUUUCUGUAAUUUGAGUAUCUGACCACAUUUUCUCUGUUAGGAAAUCAACUUCCUUAUUAUUAAUAUUUUUGAGAUGUCAUCACUUUGCUAUGGAAGUUUAAUUUGUUGACUUCUAAAAAUCAAAAUGUCAGUUAUUAGAGAAUGAGUAUCAUUUCCUCUUUCUAUGACUGAGAAUAAUUUAGUUCAGAAAACCUAUGUAUUUAGGAGGAUUGGGAAGAGUAAAUCUGGUGGCAACAUAUUUGUUUCAUUGCUAUCUUUAUUCCAGAUAAGUAAAGAUUCUAAGUGUUACUUAUGCAUGUAAGGGUGAGACAAAAGGGAAAAUGCAGCUACAUUAACUUUACAUUAACUUAGAUAUCUAGUGUUAUUUUAGUUGUCCUUGCAUAUUCAAAACAUGUGAGUGGGCUUCAUGGACAUGCCACAGGACCUUUGGAAACCCAUGCCCUGAUCUGUAGGAGCAACUGGAGCCUGGAUGGGGAUGGCUUAGAGCAUCAAAAUUACACUAGGUGUUUACAUUUAAACAAUUCAGUUUCACAAAGAAAAAUUCUAAAUAGCUUUAUUAUUUGAAAUAAUUAAGAUCCAAUGAAAAAUUUAAUUCAGUGGAUGGAAGUGACACUAGAAAGCUUUGAAUAAUGAAUCAGAUUGACUAAUAUUGUUCCUUUUUGAAUUCUCAGAGAUCUCAAAUAACGUAGAGAAAAAAAGCAACAAAACACAAUAAAACAAAAAUGUACAUAGUACUUUAUAACAGACUUUAGUAUUUCAGUGUCUUUCAUUUCAGUAGUUAUUUACUUUAGUAACAAAUGGGUGUAAAAAUAAUAACCUACAAUUGGUAAGGUGCAGGGAAAUGUUGAUUCAGGCCCCUCAGGCUUAGAUUUAAGAGAAGUAAUAAAGACAAUUGCCACAUGCACAAAUGUCACUUUGCUUAGCUGCUAACAGCUACUUGACAGAAUGUUGAGGACAACUGUGUGGUAAAACAUUCUUCAUUGCAGUCUCAAAGCAUCAGAAAAAAGAGUGAGCUAAAUUCAUGUCAAAGCAACUCAGUUACACAGAUGUAUCAGAGCAUCACUCAGCAGAAUUAAAGAGAGUUUUAGCUUUUAGCUUUCCCUCAGCAGGCAGGUUCACAUCAUUCAUUUAUAUAAAGGAAACUGUACUCUGUGGCAGUCUGUAACACUGCAAGUGGUUUUGAAGUAUCCAGGAAUGACUAGAAUAUGGCAUGUGAUACACAUUCUUAUCAUCUGUCCCUACUGGACUGCCGCGUAGUGAAAGUUUGUAUGAUGAGAGAGCGGUCUACCUAUAGCCUUAUAACUUCAUAACAUUCUCAGACAGUGAUUUUCCAGCUAUAAGGAAACUUUAUAUUGCCAUAACAAAAAGGGAUAAGAAUUUGGCCAUAUGUGAUUAUUCUUCAGCUAAAGAAUAUUAAAAUUUGCUGAUUAACCAAAAUAAAUCACAUACAAUGAAAGGAGAGUGCAAUAUCUGCUCCGAAAAGGGACAUUUUCAUUAAAACAAUUAGAAAUAUAUACCUAAUGUUACUGGUGUUUGCAGAAAGUUAGGAGGCAUGUUCAGAAAUUUUUUCAUCAACACCAUAUUCUGAUUUUUUUUUUUCCGGUGACAGGCACAGUUAAGUGAUUUUGUGUGUUUCACUUUGCUAGAAUAGUGGAGGCUGGAAAGCAAAGCAUGUUUGACAGUCUGCAACAAAGUGGAUCCAUUUUUCUUCUGUCAGCACGAUAGUUUAAUUGAGUGCGAGAACAGUGCUUUGUCAAGCACACUGGUGUACGUGGCAACUAUGUCGUUGUUGUUAGGGUACCUCAAGGUAAUAACCAACACUGCCUUUUUUCCCCUCACAUUUGAGUGAAGAAAAUAUAUUGAAUAGCACUAUAGAUAUGUUCCCUAAAUAAACAGAAAUUAAAACAAUUUACUGCACUUUUUUAUUUUAAACUGCUUUUAUCUUUUAAAAUUCAUACAAGUCAAAUAUAUUUCUUUUUCUUUUUACUCCUGCUACAGGUAUUUUUCACACAAGCUUUUUGUAUUGAUUCUCAAAUAUAUUACCUGUAGUGAUGCCUCUCCAAGCUCUGAAUAGAAAAAAACAAUCUUCCGUCCCAAAGACUCCUCCAACAAAACCUGUAAAUUUACACAUAAAUUAGCAUAUUUGCCUUGUCAGAAAUGGUCCAGAAUUUUCACACAUUCUUCUUCAUUAGAAUGACAGAUCAACCUUUCUGUAAUGAAAAUCCAGAUUGAAAAUUAGUUCAUACUUUUUGUCAGUGAUAUGUUAAAUAUACUAGAUUUGAAUCCAAGUCUUUUUCACCUGCUGUCAUUGUUUCUCUGACUGGAAUCUGAGGAUCAGGUUUUGGCCCCUCUUUGCAUGACAAAGAAGUUCCCAGAAUGACCUGAAAUAACAGAUGUUUACAAUGUGCCACUUACCUGCAUAGAGAUUACUAAUUGUGUAGUAUGCUAAACUGAAGACGUAAAUUUGACUGGGGUGGCAGACCAUCUUAUAAAGAUCUGUUCCUGGUGUUAAUGAAAAAAGGUAUUUACCACAAAUAAAGCAUUAU